AAAAAAAAAAAGAUCCACACUAAAAGUUAAACUCGUCAUUUUGUUCCAAAUGCACUCAGUUCAACUACCUUAUGUAGGAGUAGCUCCAAGAGCACUCAUUCUCCAUGGCAUGCUUAGACAUCAUGUACAACCAAAACUCAUCCGACCACAAAGGUUUUGGUACUCCUAUGAGUCCGAGAAUCUCCUUCUCUAAUGACUUUGUCGAAUCAUCAAGUAGCAAUUCUAUUUCUCAUUCUUCUCAACUUCACCAAAUGAUGAAGAAUGAUAGGGUCUAUAGGGAUGCUCCUGUUUCCUCUGACUUUGAAUUCAAUGUCACUAAUUAUUCCAUGAUGAGUGCUGACCAACUUUUUUCCAAGGGUAGGUUGUUGCCCUUCAAAGAAAGUUGCUCUCACAAGACAACAACUCUACGAGAUGAACUCCUUCAUGAGGAUAAAGAUGAUGAUUUUUCAUUGAGGCCUCCCAAAAGUUCUACUAGGUGGAAGGGACUUUUACGUCUUAAAAAAUCUCACAUUGGGUCCAGAAAUGUUGACAAAAACAUUGAAGGGAAUGUAGAAAAGAGGUCCAACGGGGGUCAUGGAAGCAAGAAUUCACAGGAACCAUACAAUGGGGCUGGUGGAGGAUCCAGUAGUAGAGAUGAGGAGUUUCGUUUUAAUUAGCGUUGUUUACAGAGGCAGUAAUAGGUUCUUGAAGGUGUUCGGGGGGUGACCAUGGCUUCUAAUUUUAGUUAAUAUGUUUAAGAAAAUCACUCAAAUUCUGAUUAAUUUGUGUGCUCGUAGCUAUGGAUUUUAACUUGUCAAAAUGAUAUCAAUUGUGGAAGUAACUGGCAAUAUUUGCUGUUUUCCUGUGAAAACAUUACCAUGAGAGAUUAAUCUUGAGCACCAAGUUGAUGUAUCUAAUUAGUAUUA